UCCGGGAUCCCCUCCCGGCAGCCUUCAUCCGCACUGUGCUGGGCAGCAUGUCAAGGUCAAAGCCCAACAUCUUGGUGACGGGCACUCCAGGUGUCGGAAAGACCACCUUCUGCGAGGCCCUGGCAGCUGCAACAAGCCUUGACCAUUUGGAGGUCAGCAAAAUUGUCAGAGAAAAACGGCUGUACCGUGAAUGGGACGAUGAACUGGACUGCAGCAUCUUCGAUGAGGAGAUGGUUCAGGAUGCCCUUGAACCAUUGCUGGAGCCUGGAGGUUGUGUGGUUGACUUCCAUUCUUCGAGCUUUCUGGACGAAAGUCUGUUGGACUUGGUGGUAGUUCUUCGAGUCGACACAAGCACCUUGUAUGAUCGCCUGGAGAAAAGACAUUAUCCUGAGAGCAAGGUCAAACAGAACGUCGAGGCAGAAAUUUUCCAGAGCUGUCUCGACGAAGUCAGGGAGGUGUUCGAAGAAACUGACAUCCAGAUAUGGGAAAUGCCCCAUGACACCGAGGUAGUUUGUUCCUCGAUACCAAGAUCUCCCGCGAAUCAAGAGCAAAUAGAAAGGAACAAAUGGAGGCUGCGCUGGAACGGGUCCAGGAAUUCACAAGGACCUUCGCUUGACUGACGUUCACCAAUCUGGUGGACCGGUAGCAGCAGCUCGGGUUUCACCAUCGGAGCAUUGAAGACAGUGGCAGAAA